AGGAAAUUUGAAUGGAAUACAUUGUGUACCAAAACAGCAGCGAGGGAGUUUUCUUGAGUUUAAUAUGUGCUCAGUAGAUUGUGUAACCAUUGCUGCUUGAUCAAAGUACUGAGAAAAAGUUGCUUUGCCAGAAGACAAGACACAGAAAGCAGCAAGAAUUGUUUAUAUUCAGGAAUAUUCACUACAGUCAUUGUGCUGAAUGGAUUCAUAAUGGGAGAUGCUAGUAAAUUUGCAGGAAGAUUCACUCUGUUAGUCUGGAUACUGAGUCUGUUUUUUUCAAAAAUAGGUGCAAGAAGACCUAGACCAGUAAAAUGUCCUGAAAGUUGUAUAUGUACCGAAGAAACAGCCCAGUGUGAAAACAGAAAAUCGGUUCCUCUGAGUUUUCCCUCAGAAGUAGUUAAUUUGUCAUUCAUGAACUCUGCUUUCAGUGAAAUUCCAGAAAGAAGCUUUGUGAAUAUAAAGUCACUCCACCUUCUUUUGUUCACUUCAAACACAUUUUAUUUGAUUGCCAAUGAUGCAUUCAAGGGCCUUGAUCAUCUGGAAUAUCUCUUUAUAGAAAAUAAUAAAAUCCAGUCCAUUUCAAGGCAUGCUCUCCGAGGACUUCAGACCCUUACUCAUUUAAGUUUGGCGAAUAAUAACCUUCAAACUCUUCCUAAAGACUUAUUCAAAGACCUGGAUGCAUUAACCAAUGUAGAACUUGGCGGCAAUUCAUUCCACUGUGGUUGCAAAUUGAAAUGGCUGGUGGUAUGGUUGAGUAACACCAAUGCAACCGUUGAUCAGAUCUCUUGUGCAAGUCCAGUGCAGUAUAAAGGAAGGAAGAUAAGCAGCCUCCCACUGAAAGAAUUUGACUGCAUGAUCGCAGAUUUUGCUCCUUACCAGACCCUGAAAUUUCAAUCUAUGUCAGUUGAAAGCUUCAAUUACAUGAGUGAUAUUUAUGUAAUGAUUGCGCAACCUUUUGCUGGGAACUGCACCAUCCUUGAAUGGGAUCACGUGGAAAUGGUCUUUAGGAAUUUCGACAACAUUACUGGCACUUCAACAAUUUUCUGUAAACCAUUGAUCGUUGAGGGUCAGCUAUUUGUUGUUGUUGCCCAGCUCUUUGGUGGCUCCUACAUAUAUAAAAGAGAUACUUCUGCCAAUAAGUUUAUUAAAUUGCAGGAUAUUGACAUUUUAAAAAUAAAAAAACCAAAUGACAUUGAAUCAUUUCAAAUAGAGGGAGAAUGGUUCUUCAUUAUUGCAGAUAGUUCAAAGGGUGGAACUACAACCAUAUACAAAUGGAAUGGAAAUGGAUUUUAUUCUCACCAAUUAUUGCAUCGUUGGUACAGAGAUAUAGAUGUGGAGUACAUUGAAAUAGCCAACAAACCACACUUAAUCUUGUUAAGUAGUUCCCAACGGCCUGUUGUCUAUCAGUGGAACAAAGGAAAGAAAGAAUUUAUUUGGCGCAUUGAUAUUCCUGAUACAGAAGAUGUACAUGCAGUCAAACAUUUUAAAAUCAAAGAUAAUUUAUACAUUUGCUUAACAAGAUUCCUUGGUGACUCUAAGGUAAUGAAAUGGGAAGGCUCCAUGUUUGUGGAAGUACAGACAUUUCCAUCCAGAGGAUCCAUGGUAUUGCAGCCUCUUCAAAUAAAUAAGUGGCAAUAUGCUUUUCUGGGAAAUGACUACUCGCUCACCCAGAUUUCUCAGUGGGAUACAGACAAAAGAAAAUUUGUGAAAUUUAAUGAAAUCUUUAUCCAGGCUCCAAGGGCAUUCACUUCUGUAUUAGCAGACAACCGAGAGUUUUUGUUUGCAUCAAGUUUUAAAGGUAGUACACAAAUAUAUGAACACAUUCUAAUUGAUACAAGUGGGACCUAAAAGGCUGACCAAGAGCUGUUUCAGGAAAGUUUUUUUUUGGAAGUACAAGUAUAAACAAAUAUUUUAGUUAAGUCCAUGUGGGAUUUUGUACUGUUCUAUUUUUCUGUUGUAGUCAACACUGCAAGGUAAUCAAUAAUUCCUGUUACUUUUCAAUAAUUUUACAGUUAAGUAACAUUUUUAGCUCUUCUGCAAGUUGUUAUUCUGAAUGAACCUAACAUACUUAAUGGAUACCUUCAUGCAUAAUCACCAUAGAUGGUUGGGAAUUGCUAAGGUAACUGGUUGGAUCAUUUUGCUAAUAUUUGCUCAGAUUCAAAAUGGUCACUUUGGUUUGUUUUGUUUUACUUCAUGCAAAUAUGUCUUUCCCCUUGAGGUUUAUAAAAUCGCUGGUGAAGCAAGCUCAAGUUAGCUGCAUUGAUCAGAUAAUUCAUACAUUCAACUUUUCCCUGCACAAAAUAAGUCUGUAGGACAGAUUGUGCAGAUCACUGUGUUUAAUGAAACUAGAAAUUUGUCCCUAGCAAUACGAUCUUGUGGUAUCAUGAUUUUGUGUGCUACAUGAUUCAAUUUUAAUGAAAAAUCACUGCAAAGGAAAAUUAUGGACUUACUGUAAGUCCUAAGAAGUCUGUGAUUUUUCUUCCAGGUACUCCAUACGUCUGAACCACUAUUGCAUUACAGGCCUUCAGUCAUGCGCAAAGACAUGUAAAAGGCAGGCUUUUGGAUAUUAUUUCUGGGAUUUUGUAUCUUUUGUGCAUUUCCCAUAGACAGUGUGGGUCACUUAUUCAUAAACAGGCCUUCACAAUGUUUGGAAAAUCUGCUUCAGUGUCAUUUAAAAUGAGCCUGCCUGAGGAGGUCCCAGGCCGUGAAGUCUGAUUCUGGGAACAUGUCUCAAGUCGGGCUUCUUUACAUGAUAUACUUACUUAUCAUGACAUCAUGAUGGCUGUCCCUUGGGCACAGUACCUCACUGAAGUCAUGACCCCCACUCAAUUAGUUUGAGGUGACCCUGAUUGACACCACCACCCAAUGACUUCCCAGCUUAAUAUUUCUAUCAAUCUGUAGCAGCCAACCAAUGCCCCUAAAACAGUCUAACACAGUUCUCUACCAACCCCCAACAGCAAUCAGAACCCAUUGCUGAUAACCCUACCUGCCCCUCAAAGUCCUGAUACCCCAAACCAUUGGCCUCUCUCCCUGUCAUGAAUCCCACCCCGGCAGACCUGGAGUUAUCUGAUUUUCUUUCACAAGGGCAGAGUGCAUGAAAAUUGAAUAAGGCUUAUUCAUUAGCACACAUUGUCAUGGGUUAGUUGGCUUGCUAUACACCACUCUGUUAAUGUGCCUAAAUAAGUGUGAUUUUAUUUCUAUUCUUUAUGAAUGAAUUUAUAAUAUAACCACACAUCGUUGUGUUUUCUUCUCAUUAUUUCAUUCCCUCUUCCAAUCAUUGCCAUACAUAAGUAUGGAAAUUACUGCUGAAGUUAUGGUGGACAAAUUCAUCCACUAAGGUUUUAAUGUCUUUUUAAACACUACUGUAUAUUUUAUAAUGCGAAACUCUCAUCUUUAUUGUAAAUCUUAUGUUUCUAAAAUUAAGUGAAUCACGAGUAACAGGAUUGGUUUUUCACUGAAGAGAAGGGAUUCUAAAUACUUAAAAUAAUUGCAUUUUUUUUCCUGUGAGAUUUGGAAAUCACCUCCAAGUAAUCUUGUAAUUGUAAUAGUUUGGUACAUUGAAACCAUGUCAUGACUCAAACGCUUGUUCUGGUUUUGAGGUGUAAUUUUGAAAGAUGCAUAUGCACUUGGAAUUUGAAUUUGAAGAGAAUUACAGUCAAAGCUGGAAACAACAGGCACCUUUAAUAACUUAACCAAUAGUCCAUCCAUCUAUCAGUUUGGAAAUAUACAAACUUUAUACCGACAAUGCUGGAAGUUAGCUCCAGCAGUAUCUAUGGAGAGAGACCAAAUAAACUUUGCCAAUCAAUAAACUCAUCAGUUCAAUAUGUAACAGGCUUAAGGCAAUACAGGUGCAGUGUAAACUGGACAGGAGGAAAGAAUACAAGGGAUUGGACAGAAGACAGGAGAGAUAAAAUUACUAAAGGGUGAUUCUCCAAAGCAAAGACUGUUUUAAUAGGACAAAUAAAAAGGAGGCAAAAGAUGGGUCAAGGUGACUUACACCUAGGAAUAGCAGAAUCAUGAUCCAAAAUUUUUUGAACUCAAUAUGGAGUCAGUGGUGCCUGAUGAAAAAUGAAGAACAAUCCCUUGAAGUUUCAUUGAGCUUCAUUAGAAUGGCACAGUAAACUAACAGAGAGGUCAAAGUGUGGAAGAGUAAAGUGACAGGUGACUAAAGUCUUGAGGUCUGUUGAACUGAACAAAGCUGUUCUGCAAAGUGGUCACACAGUCUGAUCUUACUCUCCCCAGUAGAGAGAAGACCAUGUCAUUAGCAACAACUAGAGAAUCUCAAGUUGAAGGAAGUACAUGGUAAUUAUUGUUUCGUGUGGAAACAGUAGGAAGGGAGGAACUAAGAGGGCAAGUUGCACUGGGAACUGCCCUAGAAAGCUUUGCAAGGUUGAUAAGCAUUAAAAUAUUAAUUCAUUUUGUAGUGUAUUUCUACAGUAUGUACAAAAUCAACAUUGUUGCUGUGAAAGUGAAUUUAUAGAUCAUUUUAUUAACAAAUACCUAAUAAAGAAAUCACAUUU